GGUCAGGAGGAGAGUACAUCCUGGUGCUCAAACGAUGCUCCCAUAGACGACACAGUUACAUUUUAUAAAUUGCACCGUCAUGGUUGGAGAGGGACCCGGGCCAGAGGCGUCUCUCUGGCGUUUUGGAUAACACUGAAUCGGCUGAUUUGACAGCUGAAAAGACAAAAAAAAAAAAUCACUUUUAGAUUUACCCUACCGAUCAAAAGAAGAACUGCGUGGUCGGCAGGAGGAGGCUGGGGAGAAAAAACUGACACGUGGAUUACUCCUCCUAGGGCAUCAGGAAAAACAGACUCCCUCCUCUAGCUCAGUUCCGCGACCAUCGCCUGUACUCCAGUCAGCCCAGUACAGUCCUCCAGGUUAUGGAUUAAACUUCUCAAUAUAGAUAUGAUCGCACUUCAUGAAAAGGUUUGAUUUUUUCCCCUCAAAGGUUUACUUUUGUGACUCAUCGACCGGAAAGACAUCGAAAGUAAACAGCCGACGCGCGUAAAAGGAGGCUGCUGUUAACUCGCUGUUGAUUUGAAUGGCAGUAAUUCAAAAAUAUGGCAAGAACUAUAGUCCAGAUUUGGUCUGUCACAAGGAAAACCAUCCGUCUGACAAGAUCGGAGCUCCUGGAUGUCACAAGAAGUGGCCUGAACACAACACCAACUGGUCAAGGCCAGUGGCGAGGGUCUGGACGGUGGUGCUGCUACUUGGGACAUGCCUCCUCUACUGCGCCCGCGUGGCGAUGCCCAUCUGUGCCGUCAGCAUGGCGGAGCAGUUCCACUGGAGCAAGAGCGAGUCGGGCAUGGUGCUGGGCAGCUUCUUCUGGGGCUACUGCUUCACCCAAGUGUUCGGAGGCUACGUCAGCGACCGGGUUGGAGGUGAGAAGGUCCUCCUGCUGUCUGCAGCAGCCUGGGGGUCGAUGACGGCCUUCACCCCGAUCCUGGCUCACUUCUGCUCCCAGCCAAUCUUUUCCAUGACACUGGCCCGCUUCCUCAUGGGCCUGUUGCAAGGAGUUCAUUACCCUUCUCUAGCGAGUCUGUGCUCUCAAAAAGUGGUAGAGAGUGAGAGAGGCUUCCUCAUGAGCACCGUGGGUAGUGGCUCCUACCUGGGCACUCUGGUGAUUGGAGGGGCUGGCUCCCUCAUGUUGGAUCUCUACGGCUGGCAGAGUGUUUUCUAUGUCUCUGGUCUCCUGUCAGUCCUGUGGGCCUACUGCAUGUGGAAAUAUCUGCUCAAGGGAGAAGGGCCUAUCAUCACCCUGGAGUCCCUGGGAAGUAGUGGGCCCCAGUCCAAACUGUCUAAAAGACACUGGUUACGGCUCCUCAAACAACCUGCAGUCUGCGCUGUGAUCGUUACGCACCUUUGCACAGCGAGCACCUUCUUCACUCUUUUGUCAUGGCUGCCAACUUUCUUUAAGGACACUUUCCCUGAUGCCAAGGGUUGGGUGUUCAAUGUCAUUCCCUGGUUGGUGGCCAUCCCCUCGUCCCUCUUCAGCGGCUGUUUAUCUGACCACCUCAUCAGUCAAGGCUUCGACACAGCCUCAGUGAGGAAACUGAUGCAGUUUUUCUCUAUGGGUGUGUCCAGUGUGUUUACCCUUCUUCUGUGUGGUAACACCACCUUCCCCUGGGCUGUAGCAUUUGUGUCUGCCACCAUGGGCCUCACCACCUUCAGUCACAGCGGGGUAUCUGUAAAUGUUCAAGAUCUUGCUCCUUCCUGUGCUGGAGCUUUAUUUGGUGUCAUGAAUACAUGUGGUGCCUUUUUAGGGGUCCUACUGGUGUAUUUCUCGGGGUAUCUCAUCGAGGCCACAGGCUCGUGGACGUCUGUGUUUGCCCUUAUCACCACAGUCAACUUGCUGGGUCUCUGCACCUUCCUGGCCUUCGCUGAGGCCCGCCGGGUCGACAUUGACUGUAGUAAGGUCCGCCAUCACAACAUCCACAUCUAAAUCAUCAGCCAUCAGACGGAAUAGCAUGCUAUUCCCCCCAAGAGAGAGGCGACCUUGGGCAACCAGCAGCUAGGACAUUAGCCACAGCGGAGAACCGGCCAGUGGACAGACAGCAAGCGGCACACGGACAAAGCUGCAUAUAACAUCUGGAAAUCUUUUAAUCAGCCGUGUGUCCGGUUGAGGACGUACUGCAGCAGUUACUGAAAAGCACACAGCAGAGCCUGCACACUGUUACUGAAAAAUCUUCGUCAAACGCUAUAAAAAACACACCUGCGUUCGAGGAUCCGGUCAGUUCAGGGUGGAACUGGAAAAAAAAAAAAAGAAACUACCUCCAGGUCUGCGCUCGCCUCGUGCAGCACGUGGCGGUUGUCAUUUGUUACUGAAUGUGUUACUUAGAAUGAGAGAAGUGAUGGAAAUUGUUAUCCACAUAUUAUGAUGUGUUCAUGUGAUGGAUGUGGUCGUCUCAGGAGCUGGCUGGCAGCUGUGACAGACCAAGGUGGUGUGUUGUUACCCGCGGGGGAGGGGCAGAUGAUGCGAGGACAUGUGGGUGACGCAGAGAGAGUCCAGCCUCUUGCACCUGAAGUCUUUUAUUAGUACGCCCCAAUCACCCAUCACUGUCUGAGUGACACCUCAUUACCCAGCCACUAAUUACUUGGCGGGCGCUCUAAUGUCCUGCAAAAUCUACCUUCCAAAGUCCCCGUCUCCAUGGUUACAAGCUCAUUUUGUUGUUACAGUCGGAGAGGGUGAAAGUAGUGAUGAGAAGCUGUAUGGCAACGGUCAAUUCUCCCUGUUUGUCAUCUCAAAGAAUAUGUUUUGAGUAGAAAGACCAAAGGUAAUUAAUUAUUUUUAUUUUAUUUCUAUGCGAUUGCAUGAAAUAGAAAUACCUCACUUAUUUUGAGUACUUAUAUAUUUAUAUGGCUUUGUGAUUUUUUUUUUUUGUAAAUUUCAAAAGGUUUUUUUUUUUUAGAAAAUAAAUAUAUUGAAAAUAGAUGACCAGAAAAAUAAAUAUAUUAGCUAAGAUGACAGAAAAUCAUUAUAAGUUAUUAACAGUGCGAUGCAGUAUGAAUAGAAUAACUUCCUCACUUUCUCUUCUUGUCUACAUAUUAUCAUUUUUGGUGAAUAUUGUAUAUCCAACUUUUUAAUUUAAAAGAUCCACGUUUAUUGUCGCACUUAACUUAAUCAUAGUUGUCUAGGUGCCGGACAGGAAGAGACGUCAGUAUUUAUUUAAUUCAGGCAAAUUUAAACCGUCUCUAUGUUACACACUGACAUGAUGAAUGUUGCGGGGAAAGUGAGAGGAUUAAAAUAAUCUUGGGUUCAACACGGUUGGGGACCUUUCGGAGUAUCAAUAUGGCUGCAAAGUAUGUAGCAACAUAAAGCUACCUGCCUAUAUAUCUGAAUGUUGAUUGUUUGUAGCAUUUAGCUUCGGCCUUCACAGCAGUUAAAAGAUUUAAUUUUCGAUCGAGAUGCUUACUUGACACGUGAACUUUUUCAAAUCUAUGCAUUUAUUAUUUUGUGCCUGAUUUAAGCAAUGAGAAAACAUAAAGAUAUGUUCACUGUGGCCACACAGGGUCAAAUAUUGAUUACUGUACAUCACUACAUUUUUGCCUUCUUAGUAGGAGUUUUGUUGCUUCUGUGUGACUUGUUGUUAUUCACAUACAAAGGCACAUGGGUUUUCUUAAGUGUCUUCUAAAAAAAAUCACAUAGAUGUGUAUCCUUUAGCCUAAUACUCUGUUGGUAUGGAUUUUAUUUCGAAAUUGCCCCAAAAAGUUUCCUAUAUUGUCUUCUUAAAUGUUGGAUUUAUUCAAACUGUUGCUCUUUUUCUUUCAGAGUAACUUUACAUUUUCUGUAUGUGAAACAUAUUUAGACUGUUGGUGUGUUACAUUACAAAAACACACCUACUGACUCUAUUUUGUGUAAUUUAUUUUGUGAUGUGAUCUGAAAUCAAAUAUUUAUGUCAAAUGUCACUUUGAUUCUGUACCUACACUGUUUUUUCGUGAGCAUACACAAACUGUACUGUAUGUCCCGACCUUCCAGUUACACAAUUUAGUUCCACGAGACCACAGUACAAAAUACUCAUUUUUUUCCACAUUCCUCAGAUGCUUUACCCGCCUUAGCAGAUGUGCUUUAUUUACAACUGCCUUCAUUGCUUGUCCCCUUUUUUUUCUGUUACUGUGUUGACAUCCUGCAAAAUAAUGUACAUGAGAAAUAAGUGUUUAUCAACGUAUCUCACUGUAGGUUCCUGAAAGCCUUCUGACAAAUCAUUUUGAUAACAUGUCAGGUAUGUGUGACAGAGGGAAUACAAUCAUGCAAGAAAAAUGCAGUAUUCUAAUGCUUUUAAGAUAUGUUGUAUUUAAAAGCAUACUUUGAAUAAAAAAUAUAUUUUGUCAACACUG